AUGCCCCCUAAGCGUGGCACCACGUCUCGUGGAGCGCGACGUCUCGAGACGCCGCGGAGCGCACGCAACAAAAGCUCAGCGGCAGACGAUGGCAGCAGCAGCAGCACCCCUCGAAAAGCAGCAGAAACCACAGCAGCGCCGGCUGAUGAAGUGCCCCUGUCGCCGCCACCGCAACAGCCAGCGGCUGGAGGAGAGGUGUUUGAUGAGGGUGUUCCGUCGACUGCUGCUGGCACAACUAUGUCGUUACGGGAUGAGAUCAUUUGGAGCGACGACGAUGAGGAUGAUGAUAAUGAUGUAUUCCUCUUUCCUGACGCGCAGGAGCUCGUGGGCGAGCCACUGCCCGAUCAAGACGUCAUUCGUGUCGGCACAACACAAAAGUUGGACGAAUCGGACAGCAGCGAGGACGAGGCAACACUAAACCGUGUGGGCGACAUCCCAAUUGAGUGGUACAAGGACGAGGCGCACUACGGGUACGACAUUGAGGGCCGCAGGCUGAUGAAGAGCGAGCGCUCCGCGCUUGAGCGCCUCUUAGACGCGACGGAUGACCCCAACGCGAUGCGCACCAUCUACGACGCCCUGCAUGACGAGAAAAAGGUGUUGAGCAAUGCCGACCUGCAAAUGGUAUUCAACCUGCAGCGCAAUCGCACACCAAACGCAAAAUACGACAUGUACGCGGAUGUAGUGACUGACACGGUCGAGUUUGACCCGCUCAACCAUCCACUGGCACGUGGAAGCGGGCCUUCCAAGAAGAAGUUCCUUCCGGCAGAGCACGACCUGAAGGUUAUUGCGAAGAUGGUGCGCCGCCUGAUGAAGUCGGGUGACACAGCGGAAGACGAGAAGAAAGACGACAAUGCGGCGGAUGAGCCUCUUGUGCUCUGGGACGACAGCAAGGUGGACAUGGACACCCACACGAAGUUCAAGUAUCAGAAUCGCGUGCCAAAGUCGAAGGUGCCGCCGCCAGGAACGUACGAAAGUUACCGCCCACCGCCGGAGUAUCUCCCGAGCGAAAAGGCACAGCAGCGAUUUGCCCGGCUCCGUGCAAUUGACAAAAAAGAGCACUUCCUUCCACAUGCAUUCAAUGCGCUGCGUCAUGUGCCCUUCUAUCACCACACCAUUCAGGAUCGCUACCAGCGAUGCCUUGAUCUUGCCUUCUUCCCACGCGCGCAGCGCACUCGCCUUGUCGUGGAUCCGUCGAAGCUGCUUCCAGAACUUCCGGACCCAAAGGAUCUGCGGCCUUACCCCGAGCGUCUCUCGUUCCAGUACAAGGGCCACACGGCGACGGUACGCAGCGUGUCUGUCAGCCCCAACGGGCAGUAUCUCGCGACUGGCUGCGACGACCACUUAGUGCGUGUGUAUGAGGUGCUGACGGGUCGCCUGAUGAAGCGGUAUGAUAUGGGUGCACCGGUGCAGCAGGUUGAAUUCUGCCCAGCUAAAUCGCUCAACAUCUUGGCGGUUGCGGUGGAAUACAGUCUUGUGUUCAUUGUGCCCAAGUUUGCCGCCCAUCAGUUGGUGAACGAGCACACGUUCCGCCACCUCCGCGCUCCUGGAAGCGCUAUGAUCGGCGCGAACAGUGAACACGUGGUCGGUGGAGAAGUGUCGUUGGGAGGAGGCGGCAUAACACAAACCACAAUGGAUAAGGAUGAGACGGCCCACCGCAUCCUGCAGGACUUGCACGACACCGAGGAGCGCGAGAAGCGGGCGGAGUUUGUGGAUGCAUCGGCGCAGGAACGCAGCGCUGGCAUCGUUGUCAAGAUUGCGCUGCACGGAAAGGUGAGACGUUUCACGUUCCACGCCCGCGGCGACUAUCUUUGCGCCCUCUGCCCGAAGGAUCACGUCAAAUACCGCCAGACGGUGAUGCUGCAGCUGUCCAAGCGAAAGGUGUUCUGUCCUUUCCGCAAGUUUUCAGAGGUGGUCACGGACUGCAAGUUCCAUCCACGCGAGCCGCUCUUCUUCCUAGCCACGACUAACUCGGUGCGGAUGUACAACCUCAUGGCGCACAAACUGCAGCGCCGCUACAAGGCCCCAGGUGGUGUCACGACCUGUCUGUCGGUGCACACGGAGGGUGAUAACUUUUUGGUUGGCGACACAACGAGCCACACACAGUGGUACGACUGCGACUUCUCCGAUAAACCCUACAAGCGCAUGCGCUCCCACAAGGGUGUGGUCAAUGCCGUAGGGUUCCACGUGAACACCAACGCCUAUCCGCUCUUUGCCUCGGGUGCGUCGGACGGCCAGGUCCACAUCUUCCACGGCAUGGUGUAUGACGACUACAACAAGAACCCACUGCUAGUGCCAGUGAAGAUACUAAAGCACCGCCGAGCGGUGUACUCCCUCGCAUGGCACCCCACGCUACCGUGGGUGUUUACCUCGACUGAAGACGGCAUUGUGUCGGCGUGGACUGAGUGA